AUGCGUUUCGACCCUCAAUUCGGUGUUGCAUUCGUGUCCGCAGAUCGCACGGUUUAUAUACCAUUUUUCCAACAUAACACAUGCCCUUAACCGAAGCCGAAGCCAAGGCCGAGGCCAACCCCUAGCCCGGGCAGGCAAACCCCAAGCCGACCAACCCCAACCCCAGGCACUCCUGGCACUCCAAGCACUCCAGGUACUCCUGCCAGCCCCAACCCUUCCAAUGUUACUUGCCCUAGGGAUGCCCUAAAGCUGGGGAUAUGUGUUGAAGUCCUAAAUUUGAUUAACAUCAAGAUUGGCCAACCCCCAGUUACCCCUUGCUGUACUCUCAUCCAAGGCCUUGCAAACCUUGAAGCUGCUGUAUGCAUCUGCACUGCCAUCAGAGCCAGCAUUCUGGGCAUCAACCUCAACAUUCCGAUUGCCCUCAGCUUGCUUCUUAAUGUCUGCGGAAACACUGUCCCAAGAGGGUUCCAGUGUUCCUAGAAUAAUAGGAAUCGAAAAAUAAGUAUCAUUUUAAUUUCUUUAAUUUCCUAUCUCUAUAUAUUGCUUUCGCUUCAAUUCCUUGUUAGGCAGAGUGUGAAAUUGUUCUGUAAGGCGUGUGACAGUGAAUAGUCUGUGGGAUAACUCUUCGUUUCUCCUGUAAUUGUGUUUGGUUUGCUCGAUUACAUGUUUAGUAAAUAAGUUUCAGUCGCAAUUGUUUGCUACGUACUAUGUAACCAUAUCGAUCAGGUAUGAAAUAUUAAAGUUAUCAUUUAGUAGUAAUAAUAUUACUAUUAUGUCAUUUGGUCUCAAA